UUUUAACUUUUGUUUUCUUUCGAUAAAGAUCUGUGGCUAGGCGUAGAUUAGCGAGAGAGGUUUAGCGGUCGUUUUACAUUCUUCCAAAGCUCUCUCUUUUACAGCUUUUCACAAACAAAUCCCAAAUCUGAUUCUUUCAGCUAAAAUUCUUCCAUCAAUCAAUCGAAUUGUCAAAAAAAAGAUAUCACAACCCUUCGUGUGUUCUCAUUUCUUAAUCUUAUACACUUGAAAUCUCCAAAAAGGGGAAAAAGAAAAUGAGUUGGUGAAGUUUGAGAACCAUAGAGAUGACGAUUCGAUCGUUGCGUAAACCACCGCCGGUUAAACUUGUGUUUCCUACUCUGAUUAUACUCUUCUUGACAUGUUUGUUAUGUAUCUUAACAAAUUUCCAAACCAUAUCGUAUCUUUUCCGUCCGCUUUGGGAUAAACCGCCACCGCCUUUUAAACGGAUACCGCAUUACUAUGCGGAGAAUGUUUCCAUGGGACAUCUUUGUGAGCUUCACGGCUGGACACCGCGGUUAGAACCGAGGCGAGUGUUUGAUGCCAUCAUUUUCAGUAAUGAGCUUGAUCUUCUUGAAGUCAGAUGGCGGGAAUUGGAGCCUUAUGUGUCGAAGUUUGUGAUAUUGGAGUCAAACACUACGUUUACCGGGAUCCCGAAGCCGCUUUUCUUCGAUUCCAAUAAGGAGAGAUUUGCGUUUGCGGAGGGGAAGAUUGUACAUGGAGUGUUUCCUGGGAAGAAACGGUCUACGGGGCAGCCGUAUGAGGAUCCGUUUUUGCUUGAGGGGCAACAGCGAGUUGCGAUGAACUGGUUGCUUAGAGAAGCUGGUGUAUCGGAUGGAGAUGCGGUGAUAAUGUCAGAUGCAGACGAGAUUCCGAGUCCUCAUACUGUGAAGUUUCUACAGUGGUGUGAUGGGAUACCAGAUGUAAUGCAUUUGGAGAUGAGGGAAUACAUGUACUCCUUUGAGUUUCCGGUUGAUUACAGUAGCUGGAGAGCCUCUGUUCAUAUAUAUAGUAGGAAGUGGACUCAAUACCGGCACUCACGACAAACGGACUUGAUAUUAUCCGACGCAGGGUGGCAUUGCAGCUUCUGUUUCAGACGACUCAACGAGUUUGUUUUCAAGAUGAAAGGUUAUAGUCAUGCAGAUAGAGUCAAACGCAAGGAGUUUUUGGAUUAUCAGAGGAUACAAAAACAUAUUUGCAAAGGUUAUGAUCUCUUUGACAUGCUUCCUGAAAAAUACAGCUUCCAAGAGUUGAUUAGCAAAAUCGGACCCAUCCCGCCUUCUGCGUCUGCGGUACAUCUACCAGCCUUUUUGAUUCAGAACGCUGCUCGCUUUCGGUUUCUCCUCCCGGGAGGUUGUCUCCGAGAACCCUAGCUGAAGAUUAAGUACAAAAUAGAGAAGCAAUAGUUUCUUGUUACAAAGGUUUUUGGCGUCACACCAACUUAACCUGAAACAACAGAUAAAUAAAGAAAUAGAUCUUAUAACAUGUUCUGUUUUCUUACAAAACUUAUGGUGAUUACAAGACCGGGCCAACAACCAUCAUUAGUCUCACUCUAGUACCAAAUUAACUCAACCUUAUAGACAAGCAUAUCUGGUUUAAACGCACUGGACAAAGAAGAGGUAAGCCACAUAGCUUAUAGUGGGAGACUCAUUAUGAACGUAAAGACAGAAUCAAGAAACAAUAUGACCAAAAACCAGUGAUUGUUUAAAUGUUCCUCUUUUGUUUACCCUCUAAACACUAUGGCAAAUAAUCAAUAACAAUCUCAACAUUGUUGAAAAACCAAUAUUUUUUUUAUCACAUGAUCCAAAGAGUUGUGUUUCUUUAUUUUAUUUUUUUGGUAAGCUUGUAAAUAUCAUUAGAAAUGAAAGUGAAGAGAUUACAGAAGCAACACCUAAAGUAGAGUAAUCUUGGGAAAAAAAGAAAGUAAAAAACAAGAUUACAAUAAAGCCAAAGUGGGAUACAAGUUAUCUAAUCCAAAGGAGCAUGAGCAGACGCCAACGCUUCCUAUGUCGUCUUCCGGAUAUGAUGUUGCGGACUUGACGAUCAACGAGCUUGAAGGUUCCAAAGG